AUGGGACAGCUGCAGGAUGACAGGGCUUUGCUGCCAGCAUCCCGCCCUCGCCACCACUCCUCAGUUCCCCGUGUGUCCCGGGGUCCAGGUGAUGCCAGCCCAGUGGACACGAUGCAGGAGCCCGGCCAAUGCAGCGUGCUCUGGGGUUUCCUCAGCAGCUCCCUGUCCCUCUUGGGAGCGGAGGAGGGACGGGGAGCAGCCCGGAGCAGCACAGAGAGGUCUCAGGGACACAGCCCCUGUCUGAGGAGGAAGCAGACACAGAGAAAGCCGCUGCCGCCCUGGCUGCUCCCCAGCGCAGUGACCUCGCCUGUCCGCUGUGGCGGUGACCGGCCCACCGCGCUGUCCAGCGGGGACCCCGCGGCCCUUUCCAGACACUUGCCGCUCCUCCCUGCGCCGGGAGACCCGAGUCCCGGGUGGCACGCUCUGGUUCCGCCCGGGUCUGAUAAAGGCUGCUGGUCACAGGUGGAUACCUGCCCUGGGAGCCCCAGGCCUGCCCUCUCUCCGUGUGCUUGGUCUGACCCCAAGCCUCUGGCAACCAUAGUCCCUCACCAGCCUCACUCUCCCGCAGGGGCCUUCUGCAUCCCACUGUAUGUGCCCUACGUGCUCACUGGCCGCUGGACUUUCGGCCGGGGCCUGUGCAAGCUGUGGCUGGUGGUGGACUACCUGCUGUGCACCUCCUCGGUCUUCAACAUCGUGCUCAUCAGCUAUGACCGCUUCCUGUCUGUUACCAGAGCUGUCUCCUACCGGGCCCAGCAGGGCGAUACGCGGCGGGCGGUGCAGAAGAUGGCGCUAGUGUGGGUGCUGGCCUUCCUGCUGUAUGGGCCAGCCAUCCUGAGCUGGGAGUAUCUGUCUGGGGGCAGCUCCAUCCCCGAGGGCCACUGCUAUGCCGAGUUCUUCUACAACUGGUACUUCCUCAUCACAGCCUCCACUCUGGAGUUCUUCACGCCCUUCCUCAGUGUCACCUUCUUCAACCUCAGCAUCUACCUGAACAUCCAGAGGCGCACCCGCCUUCGUCUGGAUGGGGCCCGGGAGGCUGGCCCAGAGCCCCCUCCAGAGGCCCAGCCCUCCCCGCCUGCACCACCCCCUGGCUGCUGGGGCUGCUGGCCGAGAGGCCAGGGGGAGGCCAUGCCACUGAACAGCUCUGGCAGCUCCUCGAGAGGCACAGAGAGGCCACGCUCACUCAAGAGGGGCUCCAAGCCCUCUGCUUCCUCGGCAUCUCUGGAGAAGCGCAUGAAGAUGGUUUCCCAGAGCAUCACCCAGCGCUUCCGGCUGUCACGGGACAAGAAGGUGGCCAAGUCCCUGGCCAUCAUCGUGAGCAUCUUCGGUCUCUGCUGGGCCCCAUACACACUGCUGAUGAUCAUCAGAGCUGCAUGCCAUGGCCACUGUGUCCCUGACUACUGGUACGAGACAUCCUUCUGGCUUCUGUGGGCCAACUCGGCAGUCAACCCUGUCCUCUACCCGCUGUGCCACUAUAGCUUCCGACGAGCCUUCACCAAGCUGCUCUGUCCUCAGAAGCUCAAGGCCCCGCCCCGCAGCUCCCUGGAGCAGUGCUGGAAGUGAGCGCAGCCACUCCCCUUGAGGGCUCUGUUUGCUGGGGUGCCCACCCCAAGUUGAGGCAGCUGCUCUAGACCAUUUGCCCUGCAACGAGGGCAGCCUGGUGGGCUGGCUGGGGCCUCACUCGCUGGACUGCAGUGCGGGUGGUGGUCUCUGCUCCCAUCGUCCUUCCUGGAGGGACCACCUCUGGGUCCCAGGCAUGAUGUCCACCCCCACGGACAGCGCUGUGGUCAGUGGUGUCAUCUUUGUCACGCUUGGCGGUUGGUGUUCUCCUCAAAGUGAACGCUUGGUGUGUGCUCCUGCACGCGCACACACCUGCACACCUCCCCUCCCCAGACAAGCCCGGGACGCGGCCCUUGCUGCUCUCUGUCUUUCACUUACGUCCAGGGUCUGGUUCCUUCAUCUGUCUUCCCUCCAGCUCUCUGCCCCACCAAGUGUCAAGGCCCCGGGAACUGUGAAGCGGUUCUCUGCUUUUCCAUUUUGGGUGUUUUCAGGAAGAUGAAGAAAACACGUCUGUGAACUUGAUGUUCCUUGGAUGUUUAAUCAAGAGAGACAAAAUUGCCGAGGAGCUCAGGGCUGGAUUGGCAGGUGUGGGCUCCCACGCCCUCCUCCCUCCGUGCUGCGGCUUCCGCUGAGCUGUGCCAGCUGCUUCUGCCCACCCCACCCCUGGGCUCGGGACGAUGGGAUGGCCCUACCAUGGCUCUGAGCGUGUCUGGAGCCCUGUGCUGCCUACUCAGCUGGCCCCUUGUGCACAGCCAUCCUUUCCCUAGAGUUACAGGGUAGGAGGGAACCUGGCCGUGCCUCAGGAUCCUGAGCCUUGCAGGGACAGUCGGCAGGUCAGGGCCAGGGGAUGCCCAGGGGAGACCACUGUGCCGUGUCCUGCACACAUGCCACAGGCGCUCUGCAUGCUCUGCUGUCCUCGUGCCCACUGCGCUGCCCCUGCCAACGUGAAGUCACAAUAAAGUGUAUUUUUUUAUUGGU